AUGCCGCAGCUGCCCACCGCAGGCCACGACGACGGCGACGAUGCAGCCGGCUCGUCGGGGCUAGGCGCCCUCUUGGCGUCGCUCCCCACCCCCCUCACAGCUUGCCUGCCCAACUCCUCUUCUUCUUCUUCAUCGUCAUCACCACCAUCGCACGGGCGCACCUCGGCCUCUGCCGGCGGCUCUCGUCCCGGCCCUUCUACCGGACUCGGCAGCUGGGCGUCCCUCUUUGGCGGCAGCCGCACCGCACCCGCACCCGGCGCAUCGGCACGGUCCAGCCGCAACGCCCAAGAGACGCAAGCCCUGCUGCGCGACGAUUACGACGACUCGGACGCCAUAUCGCUGCUGAGCAACAUCGUCGAGCGAGACUCGAGGGGCUCGUCGGCCUCGCGCCGCCGCGCCAGGGCCAGGAGGAGGGCCGCCCGCGAAAACAACGGCAUGGGCUGGUCCAACGUCGGCCAGCUCAUGGCGUGCGGCCUCUUUGGCCGCGCAAAAGGACAGAUCCAGAGCAGGGAGAUCACCAGGUCCUCGUCCGCGUCCGCGUCGUCGCCCCGCGCCCACGUCCGCCACAACAGGACGCUCAGCGAGAGCAGCACAGAGAGCGACGGCAGCCUCACCGCGGCGGCACGCGUCGAAAGCGGAGACGAGGACGCCGGCAUGCUCGACGACCAGGCCAUCCGCAACCUCAGCCUCGCCAGCCCACCCGCAGAGGCAAAUGACGGGCCGAGCGGCGCAAACGAGCAGCAAGAGGCGAUAGAAGCCGAGGCCAGGCAGGCGGCCGAAGCAGAAGCCAAGGCCAGAGCAGAGGAAGAGGCAAAGGCGAAAGCAGCCGAAGCCGAGGCGCAAGCUCAAGCCGAGGCCGAGGCCGAACGGAAGCGCAAGAGGGACGAGGAAGCUGAGAGGCUCCGACUGGAAGCCGAGGCAGAAGAGGCAAAGCAGAAGGAAGAGGAAGCCAGGCUCGCCGCCGAGGAAGAGGCUGCCAUCGCCAAGGCCAGGAGAAAGGCCGAGCGGAAAGCGGCAAAGGCCGGACUGCUCAAGCUGCAGCAAGAGACCAAGGCGGCACAGCGCUGGAGGACCGAGGCCGAGGCCGAGGCAGCCGCUGGCGGCUUUGACUUUGCCGAGGAGCACGACGACGACCAGCACGACUACCGCGACGGCCACUACGACGACGCCAGCGACGGCCACUUUGGGCAUCAGCAGUUUUUUGACGACGGCGACCAUGUUCACGGCCACGGCCAGCAGCACGGCUUCAGCGACUUCCAGGAUGCCACCGCGGCCGAAGAUGGCGAGGGCGACGAGACGUUCUACUAUCCCCGAGACGGGCAACCGGGCGGCGGCGGCGGCGGCGGCAACUACGUGACCGAAGAGCACACUGCGGGGGGAGUGGUCCACCACCACCACUAUUAUCACCACGCUCCGCCGCCGACGGCUGGGUCAGGCUACGACUUUCUCUCUCCGACGCUGUCGCAGGGCGUGCCCUCGAGCCUAUCGCCGCAGAUCCUCGACGACCAGUUUGACGACGCAGAGGAAGAACGCAGCGGCGGGGGCGGGGGCAAAGAGGGGGUCAAGGAGACCGAGGUGCACUCCGAAGACGAGGCCGAUAUCGCGGGUCUAUCGUUCGGCAAGAGGCGGUCGAAGCGCAACGACAGCGAGAGCGGCAGCCGGAGCGGUGGGGCCAGAGUGAGGCGGGGAGUGCCGGGCGGCAGCAGCUCGCAGCACUCUGGCGGGAGCGGGUCGGCGGGUGGCAGCUACCAGCGAUCCUACCCGGGCACGCACGCCAGCAGCACCACCAACAACGCGGCUGCGGUGUCGUCGUCGUCGUCAUCGGCGGGCGGAAUCAAGCCAAACUAUCGCGAUCGACCGCGGCGCCACGAGAGGCAGGGCAGUCGCAGCUCGAACAGCUCUGCGGGGCUCCACGGCGGGCCCUAUGGCGGCGGCGGUGGCAGCAGCAUCUAUGGUGGCCCCGAUGGCUUUGCGAGGCCCUCUGGUCCGUCGCCCGGUGGAUCCGCCAGCGGCGUGGCGUCGUACGCGGUGCCGACGCUACCGAACCUGUACGAGCAGGAGAGCACGGUGGCCGUGUCUGGCCAGUCGUCGCUCUACGGUGCGGCACCGACGCAAGGCGAAGGGCAGCAGCAGGCCGACUUCCUCGCGGGUGGCGGCGGCGUCGGCGGGCUGGGGCUGGGCGGCAAGAAGAAGCAGCGCUCGUCGUACCGCGACAAGCGAUCGGGCAACGGCGAGACCAACAGCGCCGGAUCGUCGAACCACUCGUCCAACGUCAAGGUCACGUCGCCCGCCUUUUCGACGGGCGGCCAGCAGCAGCAGCAGCAGCAGGGCGGCGGCUUCAACUCGCCGAGGAACCCGACCGAGUUUGGCAGGUGGCGCGAUCGGGAGCCGGCGCAGCAGCCGCAGCAACAGCAGCCGGCUUUUGAGGGCGUGCAUGGUCUCUGA